AUGAACAACUCUGAUUCUCUUGAUAAAAUCUUACAACUUGCAUUAUCAUAUGAAUAAUAGUAAAAUAUAUACAUAUCUAAUUAGGAUCUAACAAAGAAAACAAAUUUAAAAUGCCAUAGAAAUUCUUAAUCUAACUGAAUAAUAGUUACUUAAAGACAGAAAAGAAUUUGAUAAAUACUUAUAACAGUAACAAAAAUGA